UGUCUCUCUCUCUCUCUCUCUCUCAGUCUCAGCUCUGUGCGAUAUGCCGGCGAAGCAGCGAAUCUUCGCCCCAGCUUAGCUCCACGAAGAUUUGCUUGUCUCUUUCUCUCUGUUGUCUUCUCCUCUCCAAACUCCGAAACGCGUCGUUGAAUGUGGCAAGAGCUGAAGCAAAUGACCUUAUUAGCCUUUGCAUUCUGAAACGGAGAACCACAUUCAUCACUCUUUUGGGGGUUAGGGUUAAGUUUUGGUUGCCGAAGCUGUGUCGGUGCUGGAAAUCGAUGUUGAUCAGCCAUGCCGAGUAUUAGAGCUCCGGCGGCCAAGAAAGCCACUACACUAACGGUUGCUGUGAAAUGCAGGCCGUUCAGGGAGAGAGAGCGCGGCCGCGACAUUGUUAAAGUGAUUGACAAUAAGGAGGUGCUUGUGUUGGAUCCUGAUCUGUCCAAGGACUACCUGGAGAGGAUACAGAAUCGAACCAAGGAGAAGAAGUAUUGCUUUGAUCAUGCAUUCGAUCCGGACUGUACUAAUUUGGAUGUCUACACAAAAUGCAUAUCGUCCGUGAUCUCUGGGGUUGUUCAUGGUCUCAAUGCAACUGUGUUUGCGUAUGGUUCUACCGGAAGUGGUAAAACAUAUACAAUGGUGGGGACACAAAAUGAUCCCGGGCUCAUGGUUCUCAGUUUGCAUACAAUAUUUGAUCUGAUAAAAAAGGACAAGAGCUCUGAUGAAUUUGAAGUUUCCUGCUCCUAUCUUGAAGUCUAUAACGAAGUUAUCUAUGAUUUGCUUGAAAAGUCAUCCGGCCAUUUGGAACUCAGAGAGGAUCCAGAGCAAGGAAUCAUUGUUGCUGGCCUGAGGUGUAUAAAGGUUCAGUCAGCUGAUAAGAUCCUUGAACUCUUAAACGUGGGGAAUAGCCGACGGAAAACUGAAAGCACGGAGGCUAAUGCAACAUCUUCUCGAUCGCAUGCAGUGCUGGAAAUAAAAAUUAAAAGAAAACAGAAAAAUAAGUACCGGAAUCAAAUAAUGCGAGGCAAACUCGCUCUCGUGGAUCUUGCCGGCAGUGAACGUGCUUCUGAAACAAACAAUGGAGGCCAAAAGUUAAGGGAUGGUGCCAAUAUUAACCGUUCACUUCUUGCCUUAGCAAACUGCAUAAAUGCUCUGGGGAAACAGCAAAAAAAGGGUCUUGCUUAUGUACCUUAUCGCAACAGCAAAUUGACACGAAUACUCAAAGAUGGUCUGAGUGGUAAUUCUCAGACAGUCAUGGUUGCUACUGUAUCCCCCGUUGACAGUCAGUAUCAUCACACUGUGAAUACUUUGAAGUAUGCAGAUCGAGCAAAGGAGAUAAAGACACACAUCCAGAAAAACAUUGGCACUGUUGAUACACAUGUAUCAGACUACCAACAAAUGAUUGACAGUCUUCAAGUUGAGGUUGGCCGUUUGAAAAAAGAACUAGCUGAAAAGGAAUCACAACUAAGUGUCAAACCGGUUGAGAAGGCUGCAGAUGAUGAGCUUUCUUGGUUGAAUAUUUUGAGCCAUGAAACCAGUGAAAAUGUUCAGGAAAGAAUAAACCUACAGAAGGCAUCAUUUGAGCUUGAGGAAACCAACCGUCGUAACCGCACUGAACUACAACAGCUUGACGAUGCUAUAGCAAAACAACAGGCUCUUGAAAAAGAUGGAGAAGUAGUAGAGGCUUUAAGAGCAAGACGGCAAGUCAUUUUAGAUAACAUUCGUGAGAAUGAUGAAGCUGGUGUCAAUUACCAGACGGAAAUUGAAGCAAAUGAGAAGCAUAGAUAUCAACUCCAACAUAUGAUUGAGGAGGCCAUCAGUAACAAUGGCAACAAAACUUACUUGCGCAUUCUUAGCCAACACAGGUUAUUGGGAAUGGCUAAUGCUGAGCUUCAAUUUGAAAUGGCAAUGAGGGAUCAAGUCAUUAACAACCAACGGGAAGCACUGAAAAACAUGUGGGACUUGCUGAUGGGGUUAGGACUUGAUGAAAGACAGGUCUUGGAUCUUGCAGUUAAGCAGGGAAUCACAAUAGAAGAUGGGGCCACAACUCCCCGACUUGGCCUUUCUGCAAGGGAGCAGUCACCAGAUUUAGGUUACGGCAGCAGACAUACUGCUUUUGGUCAGUCUCCUGGCAUGGGGCAAUCGUAUUCUAGAUCAUCUUGUAUCUUUCAGCAAACUCAAGACUUUGGUUCAAGGUCAUCCCCCCAGGGACAUUCGGAUAUGGCUCAGUCUUUUUGCAGGGAGGAGCGCUCCUUCUACUUAAUGUCUCAUGACCAUUCCCCUUCGGCAUUUAUGAGGAUGAGGACAAGUAGUGAGCACUGGUUUGCUGGCAGGCCUAGUUCGUUGUUUGGUAAUCUUGAUAAACAUCCUCAAGAUUUGCGAACAUCAUAUCCAGGCACUGGGUAACACAAGCUUUGCCUUAUAGUAAACUCUGCCUACCAGCUUCAUCUCUUGGUGAUUUUUGAAAAGCGGAACAAGGAUGGAUUGAAUAGGACAUCAAUUGCUGGUCAAUCUCCACCAUAUGAUACAGCCCCAUUGAAACAGGGUCCUGAUAUGUGCAGCUCAAAGUAUGCGGGCGUCACAGUAUUGAAACCUUACACUUCCCCACAUGCCUCCGUUUACUACUACAAUGUGGAAUUUUUUUGGCUCCAGUAACCCCAAGAAGUCUCAUGUUAUCAGCCCUUCUCUUCCCUCAUCUUUUUCUUUCUCAACCCUCUCUUCUUCCACUAUUGUACAUAUAUCUAGCAUUGUUGGGGGUUUCUCUAGGUGAACUUGGCAGUUGAUUUAUUUUUGGUUGAUGACUUUAUGCAAAGAGCCGGGGUUUUAGGAUUGGAGGAAGAAGAGAAGAAAGAGGGUAGUUAGAACGUUUGAACACUUUAACACUUGACUUGCAGAAUGUAGUUCGAGUUCGUUGUACCUAUAUUAUGGAACCAAGAUCCAAGUCUAACCUCAGGUAAAUGAGAGUUAAUGUGAAAGUCUGCACAGUGCCCAGGAAAAGUUGUAGCAUAGAACUCGUUCUUUUCUUUAUGAUGACUCUCCCUGAUCACCACUUUCCCCUGUAUAUUCAGUAAUCAGUACUAAUUUUUCUCAUGACCUUGUACAUCCUCAAAAUACAGUAAUUGGGGAGCUCUGAUGUUUUAUUCUUUAAUUCCUCGUCGGUUAAAGACCCAAACUUGCAGCUUUGUGCGAAAUGCAGAGAUCCACUUCUAA